CGACCUUCUUUUCUCCGUUCGCCGUUCCGUCGCGUGUACAUGCAGGAGUUCACGGCGUUGUCUGCUUAUUUGUCUUUCGUGCUUCUGGGGAAAUGCGCUUCGCUUCGUGAUCUCUGCCCCUCGUCCCCUCGUUUCUUCCGGGAGGAGCUCCCCGAGAGGACGCGUUUCUUCGGCAGAGGCAAGUGAGUUUUCGCUGUCUCUGCUUCAUUGUGAGUCCCCGUCUCGAAAUUAUUGCCGUAAAAGUCGAGGAAAGCGUCUCGCGCUCACGCCCCGCUUCUUCCUGCUCUGCUCUCUCCCCUCCGCUCUCGUCUUUUCUCUCUGCCAUUUGCUUGCUUGGCGGCAGGAAACCGUACAGGGGUGUCGAGCGCGAGAGGAAAAUACGAGCAAGUGAACACCGCAGAACGAGGAAGAGCCAGGGUCCGCAGACGGCCAGACCGGGAGUGGCGGCGAGGAAGAAGCAGACAACGCUGAAUGCGAGGGAAGGCGGAAAGAGGAGGGAGAGAACUACUUUCCACGAUGGCGACGGAGAGUGCGUCUGCGCUGUCCAACGGGACUUCCGCCGACAGGGGCGCUUCGCAAGAAGGCCUUUCGUCGGCGCUGAAGGAGCUCCGGAAGCAGAACCCCGGGGAAGUGUCGAAGCUCCUGCGGCUGCUGAAGAGGAAGAAGGCCAGACAGAACCGGGGACAGAGACAGCUGCAGAGCGCGGUGGAGGCCGAGCGCGAGCAACUGAGGAAGUGCGUUUCGCUCAAGUCGUCGGGCCGCCAGCUCCUUGGAGCCCCGCAGCCGAUGGGGGGACGGAGACACCUCCGCGGGGGGGGUCAGCGCGCGGGGACUCUCGCAGACGCGAUCGACGAGGGUGACGAAGAUGAGACCGAGAGCGAAGACGAGGGGGAGUCUCCGAAGCGCGCAGACGGAGCGCAGGGCCUCGCUUCGACGACCGAGCCGGGAGAGAGCUCCGAGGAAGAAGAGACGAGCGUCGGGGACGCAGUGGAAGUCGAGUACGUGGUCGCCGACGAGACGGAAGGCCCGAACGGAGACGUCGCGAGGGAGUUCUUCGGUGAGGUCUUCGACCGAUUCAGAACCGCUGAGGAAGAGGAAGAAGAGGAAGAAGAAGAGGAAGAGGAAGAGGAAGGCGUCAGGGAGAAGGGCCAGGAUCUCACGCUUGAGGACGAAGACGAGGACGAGAGCGAGGACGCACCGAAGGCGGAGAAAGGAAAGAAACUCACGAAGAAACAGAAGAAGCUGAUGAGUCGACCCUCGCUCGCGGAACUGAAGCAAAAGACGAACCGCCCAGACAUGGUCGAAAUCUGGGAUACCACCAGCAGCGACCCAGAAUUCCUCGUCUACCUCAAGGGGUUGCGAAACACAGUUGCAGUCCCCCUCCACUGGUCACAGAAACGCAGAUAUCUUCAGUGGAAAAGAGGAUUCGAAAAACCUCCGUUCAAACUGCCUCCUCACAUCGAGGCGACGAAGAUCAGCGAGGUCCGCUCGGCGUUGGUCGAGGCGGAGAGUCAGAAAAGUCUCCGCCAGAGAAUGAGGGAGAAAGUUCGGCCGAAGCAGAACCGCCUCGCCAUCGACUAUCAGGUGCUCCACGACUGUUUCUUCAAGCACGCAGUGAAGCCGGCACUCACGGGCUUCGGCGAUUUGUACUACGAAGGCAAAGAAUUCGAAAAGAAGAACCGAAACUUCACUCCAGGGCAACUCUCCGAUCGCCUCAAGCAAGCGCUCGGCAUGGGCCCUCUUGCACCUACACCAUGGCUGAUCAACAUGCAGAGAUACGGUCCGCCGCCGGCGUAUCCGCGGCUGAAGCUGCCUGGACUGAACGCGCCGAUUCCCGCGGGGUGUACGUACGGCUACCACGCAGGCGGGUGGGGGAAGCCGCCCGUGAAUGAAUUCGGUCAACCGCUCUUCGACGCUGAGGGCGAGGAAGUCGCGGCAGAGGAGGAAGAGCCUGAACAGGUUCCUAGCUUGCUCUGGGGAGAGCUCCCGGACCUUGGAGAGGAAGAGGAGGAAGAGGAGGAAGCUGGAGAGGGGAAGGAAGGCGCCCAGGCAGGAGUUGCAGGUGGGGAGACGCCGUUCUUGGAGGGGAUUUCGAGUUUGGGAGGCGCGACGUCUCUGUCUUCGGGUCUGGAUUCUCCAGCCUCGUUCGACCUGCGGCGACGCCCAGACGGCGCUUCCUCCGUCGCGUCUUCGGCAAAACCGUACACGAUUCUGACCCCGCAAGACGUGCCUGUGGGCCAGCAGCAAGGUCAGCUGUUCGGCGUCAAACACACCUACAAAAUUCCCUCGACUUUGCCCGGAAACGCGGGCACCGCCACUCCCAGCGGCCAUCUCACCCCGCGCAAUCUGCUCUCCGGCGCGGCCACGCCUUCGGGUGUACGUACACCCUUCACGGGCGGCGCGCGGACGCCCCUUGUCGGCCCCGGCGGCUCUGCGUCCUUCGGCUCCGCGCCGGGCACGCCGUUCCUGGGCGGCGCGAGCGGCGCGCAAACCCCAGCGAGAGGCGCAGGCUUCCGGACUCCCGCCGGCGUCACCGUCAGUUUGAAUCCAAACGAAAUGGAGCAAGAGGGUGUCUUCACUGCCGACGUCAUUCGCCAGCAGCUCCGUCAGCAUGAGGAAGCCGCCGCGCGUGCGAAGCAGGCCGCUGGCCAAGUCGACCCUGCAGACACGCGCAAGAGGAAGGGCGACGAAAUUCGAGGCACGCAGACAGUCACAAAGUCGAAGAAGAAGAAGCAAUUCAAAUUUUAAGUCUUCGCGGCGAGCGUCUCGUCCCCGUCGUCUCCGCUGUCAAAGGCUUCUGCAUUUGCUGGUGGGAGCGCCCCCCCCCCCGUUCGCUGCGGUGUACGUACACCUCGUGCAGGGGCCAGGAACGGCGAUGUGGCCGGCCCUGUUCGAUUGACAGCUUCUUACUGUGCAGAUUUGCAUUUCUGUUUUCUCUCAGGAUCGUCUCGUCGUGUGUUCGCCACUCCACUCCCGUCGCUGCGCAUUUGCGCAUCUUCUCUGUGUUUGUGGUACUGCGUCCAAUUUGCUCGAAAGCUAGCGAAGGCCGAUGAAUCCUUGUCUUCCCGAUCUUGCUGGAGUGGAAUCUCUCUGUCGUCUUUCUCUUGCCUGCCGUUCCAAUGCCGCCUCGCUGCUCCUCUCCUUUUUCUUUUGCAGAGAGGUAGUGUUUCCGAUUUUCUCCAUAUGGUGGUAUCCCCACUGACAGUGAAACUCCGUGCUUCGCGACUCUGCGUUUAAAACGCGUUCAGUGACUCUGCCCUCUGGCGGUGCUUGUCGCACGCAGCGAGAAGAGACACUCCGCGCUUCUUUUGAUCUUGCAAGCCUUCACAGAGAUGACCUUGCGAAAGCUUUGCCAUGAAAUCCCAAACUAC